UAACAUUAUCAAAUCAUCAUCAUGAGUUUAGUUUCAGAACCCAAACCCAAGUGUUACACACCUGUGACUUGUUCAUUGUCAGGUCAGGUUUUGUUUUUUUAACCUUCUUUCUACAUGGUUAAUUUUCUGUUUUCAGAUCUAUAUUUCAAAAAUGAAGACGAAGAAUUGAAAAAAAAAAGUAAUUAUUUCUAGGGCUGGGGCCUAUACUUUGAAUUUCUGACAAAGAAAAAUAAAGGAGACAAGUUUUGAAUUUCUUUUAAUGGAACCUCAAAAGCUUCAAUGGCGGAAGAAAUGUUUUUUCAUUUCAUUAUCAAUCUAUCUCAGAGGUUAGGGAUUAGGGGUUAGGUUGUUGUCUUUUUUCUUGUUCAGGUCGAAUUCGGUUUCUGAGUAACUGAAUUCUACGAGGAAGAACGAGAUUCCGAAAAAACAAAAGUAUUUUUUUUUUUUUUUGGUUCUCGGGUUAUGUGGUUUUAGAGAGAUUGGUUUUGAUAAUUGGAUUUGAAGAUAGUUAGGGUUUUUGUUUGAAGAUACAAAAUGUUAUCACCAGAAUUAACUGCGAGUACUGCUCGUAGUUCAUUAGAAGAAAUGUUGGAUUCAUUGAGGAAAAGAGAUGAGAAACCAAAAGAUACGCCACCUGCAUUACCUGUUCGUCCAACAUCAAAAGCGAGAUUACCAUCUGCAAGAAGAUCAUUACCAAUUAAUUUCAAAAUUGGUAAUGGAGAAGCAGUUCCAGAGUAUUUACCAUUACCUAAUGGUAAUGGUUCAUCUACUUCUUCUGUACAGAAGAAAAAUGGUGGUAAUAUUGAUAAUAAUAAAUCUGAUCAUGGAAAUGGUUAUAUUAAAAAGGAAGAAAUAAGAGAAUCUGUUGGAUUUAAACAUAUUACUUUUGGGAGUAGCAAGAAAUUGUCUAGAAAAGAUACAGCAGAAUCCGAUGAUUCUCCAUAUGCUAGGAAAAAAGAAACAGAAGAAUUGAAUUUCGAUGAUAAUGAGAGGAUGUUGAAAGAAAAUGGAGAUUCUGAACCUGCUUCUGCACCUUCUUCAUUAGCAGUACCAACUGUAGACUUUGACUGUGGUGAUAACAUUGGUUAUGUUCUUAAGAAGAAACUUCGGGUAUGGUGUUUGCUCUCUGAUGGACGAUGGGAGCUAGGCAGUGUUCAAUCAAAUUCUGGGGAUGAUGCUAUUGUUUUGCUUCCAGAUGACAGUAUUGUAACAGUUUCUCUGGGGAAUUUGUUACCUGCAAACCCAGAUAUCAUUGAGGGUGUCAAUGAUCUUAUACAACUUAGUUACUUGAAUGAGCCAUCAGUUCUCCAUAAUCUUCAGUACAGAUAUUCUAAUAAUAUGAUUUACACUAAAGCAGGGCCUGUUUUGGUUGCUGUCAAUCCCUUUAAAGCUGUUCCGAUAUUUGGAAACGAAUUUGUCUCAGCUUAUAGGAAGAAAGCUUUAGAAGACCCUCAUGUCUAUGCUAUUGCGGACACUGCAUUCACAGGGAUGAUGAGAGAUGAAGUAAAUCAAUCCAUCAUUAUUAGUGGGGAGAGUGGAGCUGGGAAAACUGAAACAGCAAAGAUAGCUAUGCAGUACUUGUCUACACUUGGAGGUGCUGAUGGAAUAGAACAUGAAAUCCUUCAGACGAAUUGUAUACUGGAAGCAUUUGGGAAUGCAAAAACCUCCAGGAAUGAUAACUCUAGUCGAUUUGGGAAGCUGAUUGAGAUUCAUUUUAGUGCUACUGGGAAAAUCUGUGGCGCGAAGAUUCAAACCUUUCUUCUUGAGAAGUCAAGAGUUGUUCAGUUAGCUAAGGGAGAACGAACGUACCAUAUCUUUUAUCAGCUUUGUGCUGGUGCUCCAUCAGAUCUUAAAGAAAAAUUGAAUCUGAAAAUGGCCAGCGAGUAUAACAAUCUAAGGCAGAGUGAUUGCUUGACAAUAGAUGAUGUUGACGAUGCUGGACGGUUCCAUAUUCUGAUGGAAGCUUUGGACAUUGUUCAAAUUUGCAAAGAUGAUCAGGAAAACAUAUUCACUGUGCUUGCUGCACUGUUAUGGCUAGGGAACAUUUCAUUUCAAGUGAUUGACAAUGAAAAUCAUGUUGAAGUUGUGGAAGAUGAAGCUGUUACCAGUGUUGCCAGCUUGAUGGGUUGUGAUGCUCAGGAUCUGCGGUUAGCGUUAUCUACUCGCCAAAUUCAAGCCGGGAAAGACACGAUUGUGCAGAAGCUAACGUCACCACAGGCAAUUGACACGAGGGAUGCAUUGGCCAAGUCCAUCUAUGCAUGCUUGUUUGAUUGGCUUGUACAACAAAUUAACAAGUCCCUUGGAGUAGGCAAAAGUUGCACAGGGAGAUCCAUUAGUAUCUUAGAUAUAUAUGGAUUUGAAUCGUUUAAGAAGAACAGCUUUGAACAAUUUUGCAUAAACUAUGCAAAUGAGAGGUUGCAACAACAUUUCAACAGACAUUUAUUCAAACUCGAACAGGAGGAGUAUACACAAGAUGGGAUUGAUUGGACAAAAGUUGAUUUUGAGGACAACCAAGAUUGUUUAAAUCUCUUUGAGAAGAAACCAUUAGGGCUACUGUCUCUAUUGGACGAGGAAUCAAAUUUUCCCAGAGCGACAGAUUUGACGUUUGCCAAUAAGCUUAAGCAGCACUUAAACAACAAUCCAUGUUUCAAAGGGGAGAGGGGUGGCGCUUUCAGUGUUUGCCAUUAUGCUGGAGAGGUAUUAUAUCAGACAAAUGGCUUCUUGGAGAAGAAUAGGGAUCCCCUGCACUCUGGUUCCAUUCAUCUUCUGUCAUCAUGUAGUUGUCAGUUACUUCAUUUAUUUGCCUCCAGCAUGCAAAAUCCAUCACCAGUGAAGCCAGUGACUCCUUUGAGGCGGCUAAGUGCCUCUGACUCCCAGAAACAAAGUGUUGGGACAAAAUUCAAGGGGCAACUUUUCAAACUGAUGCAGCGGUUGGAAGACACAACACCUCACUUUAUUCGUUGCAUUAAGCCUAACAGUAGGCAACUUCCUGGAAUGUACGAAAAGGAUCUUGUGUUACAGCAGCUCAGGUGCUGCGGAGUCUUGGAGGUUGUCAGAAUAUCAAGAUCUGGGUAUCCAACUCGUAUGACACACCAGCAGUUCGCAAGAAGGUACGGCUUUCUUCUCGUGGAGAAUGUUGCGUCACAAGAUCCAUUAAGUAUAUCUGUCUCCAUUCUUCAGCAGUUUAACGUCCAUCCAGAAAUGUAUCAAGUUGGUUAUACAAAGCUAUUCUUCAGAACAGGACAGAUUGCUGUAAUGGAAGAUGCAAAAAAAAGAGUGCUGCAAGGUGCACUUAUGCUUCAAAAGUGCUUCCGUCGGUACCAAGCUCUCCGUCAAUUCCAAGAAACAAAGAGAGGAUUAAUAACACUGCAAUCAUAUGUUCGCGGUGCAAACAUAAGAAAGCAGUAUAGGCUAUUGAUAAAGCAGGAGCAAGCGGCUCUUAUUAUUCAGAAGCUUUGGAAGCGGAAGAUUGCUAGAAAAAUGUUCCUUCAAAGGCAGAGGGCAGUUAUCUGCUUGCAGUCUGCAACCCGUGGUUGGCUGGUCAGAAGGUAUUUAGACCAGAUGAAGAAUCUUGAAACAUCAAAUGCUGACAGCUCUCAAGCCGAAGAACUAGAUGGGGAAUUCUCAGAGCCACAGCUGGAUGAGGAUGUAUCAGAGCAAGAGGACUUGGAGCAUAGUCAUGCUCAGGUCGAUUCUUCAGUAUUGGCAGAGCUUGAAAGUCGUGUGCUGAAGGCCGAAGCGGCCUUGGCUCGAAAAGAAGAAGAAAUUGCUCAGGUCGAUGCUUCAGUUUUGGCAGAGCUUGAAAGUCGUGCGCUGAAGGCAGAAGCGGCAUUGGCUCGAAAAGAAGAAGAAAAUGCCAUUUUGCAGCAGCAUCUAACUAAACUUGAAUCACGGUGGUCUGAAUAUGAGAUAAAGAUGAAAUCCAUGGAGGAAACCUGGCAAAGACAAAUGACAUCUCUUCAGGUAAAUUUAGCUGCAGCUAAGCGACGAUUGGAAGCCGAAGACAGAACACCUCAAAAUGGAAGAUUUGAUAUUUCCCUUUCCCCUUCCCCAUCUCCCUAUUAUGAUUCUGAUGAUACACCAGGGACCCGAACUCCCGAAGGAAGCACUCCAGUAAAAUUUCUUAAUCACAAUCCUGAUGCAGAGCCAACACAAGAGUUUAAUAAUGUUAUUAAUACUGCAGUCAGCCCUCUGGAAAAAGAGUUUGAGCAGAGGAAGCAAGUUUUUGAAGAUGAUGCACAGUUCAUUGUUGAGGUCAAAACGGGUCAAGUAGUUUCCUCUGUAAAUCCUGUGGAAGAACUUCGCAAACUUAAACUCAGGUUCCAGACAUGGAAAAAAGAAUAUAAAGUUAGGUUACGGGAAACAAAGGCAACUCUUCAUAAGUUGGGAAGUUCAGAAGUAGAUAGAAAAGGUAAGAAAUGGUGGGGAAAGAGGAGUAUGCGACUGACUUAAAGAUACUGGGGUUCUGCAAUUUUGGUUUAAGUCUCUUUAUUGGCCAGUAUAUCUCUGGUCUGACCCCAUCUGUACAUUCACUAGAAAGCCAGACCAGAAACCUUCCUGGAUGGAGAGAAAUGGGUCAAAUUAUGGGGUGAGGUUCCAGAACGCGCAUCUCCUUUUCGGUGCUUUACCAAGGUACCUGAGACACCACUGAGACUGAAUUUCUGUCUCGUUAUUGGUUAGUUGGCGAGGGACUGAGCUUGUCGCUUAUGUAGACACAUUUUUGUUUAGCUAAAUGAGUGCGGCAGAAGAGUUGUUUCCUCACUGUUGUUUAUAGCCAAAGAGGAAUCUCAAGAGAGAAACAUGUUAGUUUCUUUUCUUUUCCAUUCCGAAUAUUGGGAUUUAUGUAUGUAUAUAGGUUUGUGGUCAUUGAAUGUAAUUCCCAAGUAUAGUGUUCAGUCGAGGAUACACCACCUCUCUUGCAAGUUAAUGGUGUAAAAUGUAUAUUGUAAUCGCUUCAUCCAUCAGUUGUUGGAUCCAUUUUAGAUAAUUUCGCGUACGCAACUCUGCCUUUUUCCGA